GAUGAUGUCAUUUUCAAAGAUGAUUUAAUUCAACUCUGGAUGGCUCAAGGGUUUGUUCACAAAUCAAAUGAAAGCCUUGUGGAAAUGGAGGACAUUGGUGAGCAGUAUUUCAAUGAGUUGUUAUCUAAUGCUUUAUUCCAAGAUAUUAAAUGGGAUUUGUAUGGAAACAUUGAAUCUUGCAAAAUGCAUGAUCUAGUGCAUGAUCUUGCAUUACCUGUUUCUAAAGGUGAAACCUUGAUUUGGGAUACUAGUUGCAAUUUUGAUGUUCAGAAUUGUAGUACUAUUCGACAUUUGAGCGUCAUGUCCAAUGGAAAGGAUUUUCCAGCCAUUCCAAGAAGUGUUGCUCAAGGGUUGCAUUCUUUGUUUUUAGAUGAUGUUUUUUGUAGCAUGGCAUCAAAUGUCAAAAGCUUGCGAUCCUUGAAGUUAAUGGAGUGUACUGGGUGUGAGAUGAGGGAGUUGCCAACUUCUUUCGGCAAAUUGAAGCAUUUGAAGUACCUUAACGUCGUAGGAGCUGAGUUAACUUCCCUUCAAACAUUAUCACACUUUGUUGUGGGCACAGAAAAGGGAAACCAGAUUGAAGACCUUGGAUGCUUAGGCCAACUUGGAGGAAAACUAGAGAUUUUGAACCUUGAACAUAGUAGUGGCGAUGAAAGAGCAGUCAACAACAACAAUGAUGAAGAGGUUCUAGAAGGCCUUCAACCUCAUUCAACUUUGAAAAGCCUCACUAUUAAUGGUUAUAAAGGAAAGAUGUUCCCAUCUUGGAUGGGGAAUGAUAUCAAUAGUUCUGAUCCUUCAUUCCUUCUUUACAACAUGGUGGAGUUGCAGUUAAUUAAUUGUGAUGAGUGCACGUGUAUUCCGAGUUUGGGACUAUUGCCUAGUCUUAAGGUUCUUUGCAUUGAAAGAAUGGAAAAUGUUAGAAGAAUGGGUCACAAGCUUCAGUCGGGUGGAGCGGAAUCGAUCCGAUUGUUUACAGCUUUGAAAACACUCACCGUGCGUCACAUGGAAAGGCUAGAGGAAUGGGUUGAAGUUGUUGAGGAUGUAGCUGCAGGGAGCCAAGGUGUGAUCGUGUUUCCUUGCCUUGAGAAGUUGCUGAUUUCUGAAUGUCCUUUGUUGACGACUUGGUCAAUGGGUGGAUUUUCGUCUCAUCACAAACUCUCCGAGCUGCUAAUAAAACACUGUUCGAAUCUGACAGCUAUCCCUAGUUUAGAUGGGCUCUCAACUCUUGAAAAAUUACAUUUAUCUUUUUGCGAUGGAUUAAAAAGUCUACCAAUCGGGCUUGGAUCUUGCAUCUCUCUUCAGUGGUUGAUGAUUUUCAAAUGCCAAAAUCUGAACUUCAUUCCAAGUGUAAAUGGGCUCACAUCUCUUGAAAGACUUGGCCUUUUUCUCUGCGAUGGAUUAACGUGUCUUCCAAUUGGGCUAGACUCUUGCAUUUCUCUUCAACAAUUGGAAAUUAGACGUUGCCCUAAUUUAAUUUCAAUUCCAGAAGAUAUCAGGAAAUUGCAUUCUCUCAAUGUUCUUACCAUCAUGGAUUGCAAAAAUGUAAGGAGCAUUCCAGGGGAGUGGCUAGCUAGCCUCACCUACUUGAAGGGGUUAGACCUUGGUCCCUUCUGGUCGGAGUUGGAGGAUUUUCCUGGACUAACUUCCAUUCAUCAACUUCACGCCUCCCUUGAAAAGUUGGCAUUGAAUGGAUGGGAUAAACUAGAGUCUCUGCCACAUCAGCUUCAACAUCUCACUGCCCUCAAGGAAUUGAGGUUAUGGGACUUCAAUGGCCUGGAAGCUUGGCUAGAGUGGUUGGGACACCUCUCUACUCUUCACAGGCUGGAUAUUUAGGAAUGCUCUAAUUUGACUCAUCUGCCACAUCAGCUUUGACAUCUCACUGCCCUCAAGGAAUUGGGCUUAUCGGACCUCAAUGGCCUGGAAGCUUUGCCAGAGUGGUUAGGAGACCUCUCUUCUCUUCGUAGGUUGGAUAUUAUGGAUUGCUUUAAUUUGACUCAUCUGCCUUCUAUUGAAGCCAUGCGACGCCUCUCCAACUUACAACAUCUUGACAUUUGGCAAUGUCCCAAAUUGAAGGAAAGAUGCGCCAAAGAGAGGGGUCCCGAAUGGUCCAAGAUCUCCCACAUUCUCGAUAUCAAAAUCAAUCGCGUGUACAGGGGGGAUACUUGGUGGCUGUGAGAGGUGCUUCUAGAAUCAACGUAGGGUGAUAACGUUUUCGGAAGCUUCACGGUAGGGGUGGCAAUUUCCCCCGAUCCCCGUGGGGCCCCGCGAGGAUCCCCGUCAUGGGGACGGGGCGGGGAGGAAUAUUUCUCCCCGCGGGGCGAGGAUGGGGGAGAUUUUCUCCCUGUGAAAUUUCGCGGGAAAUUUUCCCCGC